UUUCCACAUCACUCCUCAGAUCUUCCAUUUCUAUAUUUGCCUUCAACAGGAGGAAAGAAUGCUUAAAAAAACACAGAAGUGAUCAAAUGCUUCUACAUUUUGUAAUGAAAGCAUGUGAACACUCAUCCCCACAGGGCAGGUUUGUGCUGGGCGGUGGUGAGCGGGGUGGCACAGGGGGAGCAGCCCCAACCCACAUUCUUGUGAUAGGGAAGGAAAAAAGAGCAAAAUCAUCUCGUAUGAAUCAGGGGGAUUGGAAAAGACCACUAGGAUCCCCAACUCAAUUCCAGCACACCUCACCACGCCAUCACCACAUCCUUCAUUGCCACAUCCCCAUGGCUCUGGGGCACCUCAGGGAUGGUGACCCCACUGCUCCCUGGGCAGCCCACGUGUCACUGCUCUUUCUAAGAAUGAAUUUUUCCUCAUAUCCAACAUGAAAAGAGGAUAGAACACAGCUCUCAGCCUCGUUAGCCCUGUGUCCUUGCAACGAGGGGCUCUGCAAAGAGGUGACUGCCUCCACACUGCACCAGGCAGGAAGCUCUCCUUCCAAAACCCACUGAAAGCAGCAGCGCUUCCGUAGAGCUCUUGACCACGUACAUAAAUAAAUGGGGGGAAAAAGGAAAAAAAAAAAAAAGACAACCACCUACCAUGCUGGGCUCUGCCCUGACACCACGGGCAGCAGUGAGGCGAGCCCUUUGGGGAGGGUCCUGCGCCGGCGCAGCCUGCACGCCUGCAGCAGCGGUUGCACUUUUGCUUUGAGAGCCGAGAGCGGUGGGAGCGCGCCCAGGCACCGUGGGUCUGCCAAGCUUCUUUGAAGGAGGGUCUGCAGUGCCCAGUGGGGUUACAGACUGGCACUGGGCUGCCCACUGCUUCAGCUGGUGACGAUGGGUUUCCACGUGGGAUCUCACCUUGUCCAGCACUGCCAGCAGCUGCACUGACAUCAGGCAGCUUCUGAGAACACAGCAGCACAGCUCGGACCAAUGCACAAAGCUCCUGGCCAAGAGCAUGGGGCAGUCGGGUCUCUGAGCCUCGCUCACCAACACCGGUGCUGGAGGGCCUUAAACCUUCUGAUUUCAGUCUCAGGUCAACCCAGUGAGGAUGAUGUCACCGCAUUGGAGCAUCGACCCCACACACCUACACGGCCACAGCAGCAAAAUUCAUGAAGAGCAAAGGCAGAUGGUGCUUGGAAGGAGGGGAAGCAAAGCUUUGGGGCAGGGGCAGCACUGAGCUCACAGACCCCAACACACACUAGGACUGGGGCACUGGGGCCAUGGAGAACAGCUCCAGCUGCUCCGCCAGCACUGACCUGAAGCUCUACUACGCCAUCAUAUACGCAUUCAUCCUCAUCCCUGGACUCAUAGGAAACGUCUUGGCUUUGUGGGUUUUCUACGGUUACAUGAAAGAGACGAAAAGGGCUGUGAUAUUUAUGAUCAACUUGGCCAUCGCCGACUUAUCACAAGUUUUAUCCUUACCCCUGAGGAUUUUCUACUACUUGACCAAGACGUGGAAAUUUGGAAGAGGCCUCUGCAUGUUCUGCUUCUACCUGAAGUACGUCAACAUGUACGCCAGCAUCUACUUCUUGGUGUGCAUCAGCGUGCGCCGCUUCUUGUUCCUGAUGUACCCCUUCCGAUUCAGCGACUGUAAGCGUGUCUGCGAUGUGUACAUCAGCAUCGUGGGCUGGGUGGUGGUGUGCAUUGGCUGCCUGCCUUUCCCCUUGCUGAGGCUCACUCAGAACGCCACCGAAGAGUGCUUUGUGGACCUGCCCGUGCAGGAGGUGGACCUUCCCACCUCCAUCAUCAUGAUGACCAUCGGGGAGCUGGUGGGCUUCGUGACGCCCCUGCUGAUCAUCCUGUACUGCUCCUGGAAGACGGUCUUAUCGCUGAAGGAAAGGAAUUCUGCUUCACCAGACCUCGGGGAGAAAAAAAAGGCUCUGAAGAUGAUUCUCACCUGCGCUCUGGUAUUUCUGAUCUGCUUUGCGCCUUACCACAUCAGCUUCCCCCUGGAUUUCUUUGUCAAAACCAAAAAGAUUAAGAACUGCUGCACCCAGAAGGUGAUCUCGGUGUUCCACGCUGUCGCCCUCUGUCUCGCCAGCCUCAACUCCUGCGUGGACCCAAUCCUCUACUACUUCACCACGGAUGAGUUCCGCAGGCGGCUGUCCCGGCAGGAGCUGCACGACAGUGCUCCACUGCACAGCCACGGCCAGCAGCACACGCAGGACACACUGCAGGACAACGUCCCUCUGAAUGCUCCUGGCCAGCAGUGUGCACUGCAGGACAAGCCCACCGAUUGCUAGCACGGUACCCAUGGUUUUGGGGUUUGGCCAAUGAUUUCAGAAAGGAUUUGAGCUUUAAGAAAAAAAGCCGAACUUGAAAAGCCUGCCGUGCUUUAAUAUUUUGGCCCUGUAUGUAGUUCACCCACAACCACGUGUAGUUCCCCAUUCCUGAGCUGGGCAGCCAGGAGCAGGACACAGAGCCAUGCUGUCACCUGGCCAUGUCACGGUCACACCAGCACCACGCAAGGGGCAGCAGAGAUUUGAGGGUUUCCCUAUGCAGAAUUUGGUCCUAAAAGUGAGCACGUGGCCUAGAGGUGUAUUCUGCUGACGCAAAAGGCCACUGAGCAAUGCAACUCACUUCCAUAGGGUGCCCAGAGCCCACCUCAUUCCAUGCUGACUACAUCCAGGAGCCUAACAGCCCUGCUGUGCCAACAGUUAGCCCCUUCUGGGGGUGCACCAGAUGACAAUUCCCCAAAUUGCAAUGUCACUCAAGUUCCCACACACUAUUUUUCUACCCUCAUUUUGUUCUACCACCAGUUAUUUUUCUACCAUCAAUUUAUAUCUGAAUCAGGGUGAGAAGUAGCAGAACAUCACCAGCGAAGCCCAAAGCCCUCUUUGCUGCCUGUGAUAAGCUUUAAGCAUGGACUCCUGCUUCGAGGGCAUUCAUUCAGGCUCCAGCAAGCCUCCUGGGUCCCUUUUUCCCCCCAAGAAUGGGACGUGGCUCUGCACCACUGCACUACCAUCAGCACAGCACUGAGCUCACCCCGAUCCAACAACUGCUACAUCUGGGCAGCUUCCUAUAACCUUACAAAGGCCAACUCGUGAAGUUCAGGCCCUUAACCCCAGCUUGGCUGAGAUGCUGUCAGAGGAACCAAAGCUGUCUGAAGCUUAAAGCAAUGGAAUCCACUCUUUGCCGAGCCACACAAGAGGCACGGAGACUUAUAAAGAAAUAUUCGAGGGUGGGUGGAUUUCUAAUGGUCAUUACUUCCAAAAAAUCAAGCAACAGCAGCUUUGUGCUCAUCUGGCAUUUUGUUUGCACCUUCUUGUAAAAUUGUUGUGGGAAUAUUUGAAAUGCUACGUUUUGGAAACAUAAAAAUACUGUGACAAUAUGAAAACUUUAUUUAAUGCUAACGCUGUUUUAUAGAUUUAACUUAUGAAAACAUAAAUAUUUUGUAGAAAAAUGAUGUGAAUCCCAUUUCUUUGUUGUUUUAGAACCCUUCCAUUUAAUAAAAGAGAACUCCACCAGCCUGUGUGCUUGCAUUCACCACGAAUUCACAGAGACCAACAGCACACUGCAACUAUUUCUUUUCCGCUACCUACUUGCAUUCCCUGCAGUGAACAUUUCCCUUUUUCCCAGCUUUCAGCACAGCCCUUGGCCUGCUCUCACCCCAGCAAGCAUCACCAGCUCACGCGGCAGGGCAGCAUCUGCAGCACUGAUACCUCACGUGCACCUGCAGAAACCCAGCUGGGGACGCAGAGCAUCUCCCAGGGGAUCCAGAGACAUCAGACACACUUCACUGCAGCAUUUGUGUUUUAAGAUAAUGCAGAUUUUAAGCUUUUUCACCCUCUUAUGAACAGCCAUGCAUUUCAGAGCAGCCCCAAACGGGGCUCUCUUGCCCUAGGUCCAUUGGGCUGUGAUUGGGCUGGUCCCAUUUCAAGAUGAGAAUGAAACCCCCAUUACUGGAAGGGAUGAGACCCCCGACCCACACUGGCCGACAUCAGCAGCUGCGGAUGUGUGGGAGGCAGGCGAUGGGUGUCAGAAGUUCAGAAAUAGAUGAGAAAAACUCACUGUGCUUUGGUUUUCCCACCUAGGAAAUACCGUAGGUGGGCCAGCAGCCAUGUGGUUAUUUAUAUUAGCUCUGUGAGUCUCUUCGUACAGGAAGUGCUGCGACAGCCUCAGCACUCACGUGAGCCGGGUUCAGGGCUCUGCAUGCUCUGCGGCCCCAGCAGUGCUCUCUGUCAUGGAAUCACAGAAUGAUUAGGAUCAGAAAAGCCCUCUCAGAUCCCCACCCCCACCCCACCGUGUCCAUCACUGCGUCCCUCAGUCCCACGUCCCCACGGUUCUGGAACAUCUCUGGGCAGCCCGUGCCGAUGCAUCACGGCUCUUUUGGACAGUAAGUUGUUCUUAAUGCCCAACCUGAGCCAUCACCUCUCAUCCUAACAUCUCACAGCCUUUAUCUGAUGCUCUGUGGACACUCGGAGAACAGAGACAUUGCCUUGCAUGGGCAAACAGUGAGGCUUGUGCCCAGGCAAUGGCUCUGCAGCAGCUCAGAGGGAUGCUCUGGGUUU